AUGAUAUUUUAUUGCUGCAGAAUGCAAUCAUAAAGAUCCAAAUGGAAUACUAACAAUAUGAAACGUACAAAUCUAUGGUCCACCUAAUAAACAGAAACUAUUAAAAAAGAAGAUCUUUCAGAAGAAGAGGAAGUCUAAGACAAUGAGGAUGAUUAAGAAUUGGAAUUAUUUAAAAAAAGAAUGUAGAGUGCUCCUCCAAGAUAUUACAUUAUUCGAUUAAGCGAAGAUGAGGAUUAAUCAUCUUCAAGUCAUUAGUUAUCAUAGGUUGAAGAAUAACUUGAAGAAUAAUAAGAAGACGACGAUACAACUAGAUUAUCAGAUGAAUCUUCAAUCGUUUAAGACUAUGAUUAAGUACCAGAUGAUAGACCGAAUAUAAAACCAAAAUCAUUGGAACCUUUCUCCUUUAAAAAACCCUAUUAUAGAACCGACUAAUUGUGAG